AUGGGAGGGGGGUUUUUGAGCAAAUAUCGGAUACCACACCCAGGAAGAGUUGGAGGAAGGUUUUUCAUUCAGAAGAUGAUGCCUAUGAUGUUGAGUUGGGUCUUAGGUGGCAAUAGCUCCAAGCUUGAAGGUAGACCAGUAUGUUGCAGGCUCUCAGACAAAGCAAAUGACCAGUUACACACAUGGUUCGUAGAGGAUGAUGCUCUUGAGCGUACUAUUAAUGGAGAGUGGUUUUUAUUACCAUGCGGAGAUGAAGGAGGUUAUUUGAAUCCCAUAAGUUUAAUUCAAGAUGAGAUGAAACCCAGCAUUAUCGGGAACACGCAGAAAGAAGGUUACCUGCGCAUUUCAAUUACAAUACCGUUACCUGAGGUCUCUGAGAUGCAUGCUCAAUUUCACUAUAAGGACGGUGAAUUUUUCUUGACCAAUCUGCAUAGUGUUCAUGGCACCUGGAUCACUAACAAUGAAGGAAGGCGAUACCGGAUACCUCCAAAUGAUCAAGCUCGUGUGCGCCCAUUGGAUGUGAUUGAUUUUGGUUCACAAAAGGCUUCAUUUCGGGCUAAGGUGAUAAGAUCUACUCCAAAUACAUAUCUAUGUUUAUAACAUGUUCAUGUUAAUUAAUUAGGAUAUGAACAUGAAAAUGCUACAAACAACUCUUUUGAUUGUCAUUUACAGAAAUAAAUUAUUCAAAAUUACCUGAUGCGAGGAAAGAAAAAUUAAAUUGU